AUGACUUCACCACAGUUAGAAAAUCACCUCCCCUUCCUCAGGAAGACCGGAGGUGCUUGGGAGCUGAUCGUCGACAACAAACCAUACCUCAUCCUCGGAGCCGAACUACAUAAUUCAUCCAUGAGCUCCGCUCGACACAUGGAGUCAGUAUGGGGAAAGCUCCGAGCAAUGAACAUCAAUACUGUCCUCGGGAACGUGACUUGGGAAGAUAUUGAACGGGACGAAGGCGUAUUUGAUUUCACGGAGCUGGACAGAGUUCUAGUGGCUGCCCGCUCAUCUGGAUUGCGCAUGAUAUUGCUCUGGUUUGGUUCGUUCAAGAACGGCUCCUCAAGUUACGUCCCCGGAUGGGUCAAGACGAAUACACGCCGCUUUCCACGCGCGCAGAUUCGAGAUGAACAUGGCAGUCUCACGUUGUCCGACAGUAUAUCAAUCUUCCAUAGCGAGUGCGUCAUGGCGGACAUCAAGGCAUUUACAGAGCUUCAAAGACAUCUCGCAAAUUUCGACCGCCAGAGAACAGUGCUUAUGGUCCAAGUACAAAACGAGGUCGGCCUUCUCGGUGACUCCCGUGACAGAAGUCUCCAAGCCAAAAAGCAGUUCAACUCCGCUGUUCCAAACGACCUGGUCAGGUUUUUAUCCUCUCAAUUCAAUAAUCUGCAGGAAGAUGCUAAAGAGAAGCUGGGGAGGUUCCAAGACACACUAUCACUAUGUCACCCCAGCGACCAGCGCUCCUGGGAGGACUGGUUUGGCUCAAGUGUUUAUACUGAUGAGCUUUUCAUGGCCUAUCACUACGCCACCUACGUUGAAAGUAUAGCAGCGGCAGGAAAGCGAGCGUAUGAUAUCCCCCUUUUUACAAAUGCCUGGCUUCCAAAACCCGCAGUUGGUGGAGGACUAGGUAAUCUCAUCGCAGCGGGCGGCGCUCUUCCCGGUUCCUAUCCUUCUGGCGGACCUAUAUCCAACGUCAUAGACAUCUGGCAUUGGCUGGCACCCAGCCUGGACUUUGUAGCACCCGACAUCUAUGAUGCUGACUACACCGCAACGUGUGAUACGUAUAAGCGUGGAGGCAGGCCUCUAUUCAUCCCAGAGCAACGCCGUGAUGCCCAUGGGGCGAGGCGGUUAUGGGAAGCUAUAGGCUCUCACCUAGCCCUAGGCGCAUGCCCUUUCGGGGUUGAUAGUUUGGAGCCUGAAUCGUUCGCGUACACGGCACAAUAUAAACUGCUCGGCUCACUUGAGACUCUGAUCCUUCGUUCCCGGCAAGACUCCAAGCGCACCUUUGGGUUUUAUUUUGACGAAUUCGAGGGUCAACAGGCGGAUAAAGGCCCACCAAUUGGCGUCUCUUUCAAAGAGUUCGAUCUUCUCAUAUCGCGAGCAUUCGUUUUCGGGAGACCCAGUCCAGGCUGUGGCAUGAUCAUUGAGAUCCAUGUUGGGCGAUAUCUUAUUAUAGGGGAUGGAUUCAAAGUGGAGUUCAAGUCAAGGUCAGCUACAUCGACGUUCACGGGAAUCUUGCGGGCUGAAGAAAAAAGUGUCCAAAAUACUGUUACUGGUGCUUUACGCACGGAACGAGUGCUCAAUGGAGAUGAGACCAGAAGUGGAAAGUGGGUUAACAUGCCGAGCGAGAAUCCAGAUUAUGGUGAUGGCUUUAUUCCCCUGCUCACUCCGGCAGGUACUCGGAUUGUAGAGGCUCAGGUAUACUCAAUAGAUGAAUAA